AUGACAGCAUCGGAAACACAACCUUUGCUGCCGACUCACGGACCCGGCCCUCAUGUUUCUAUAAAAACAAGAAAGAAACGCGCCGGAACACCUUGCACUAGAUUUCUCAGCUAUAUCGUCGUUGGUGCUCUUUUCCUCUUUGUCUUUAAUCUCGUUUUCUUCCCGCGCACGUCACUACACCGUGAUUGGUUCCGCUUGCAUCAUGUUUAUAUGACUGACGCUGAUGUCGAAAGAAACCUUUUUGAAGCUGUAACUGAUGAUGAGUUGCGGUCACUGGCAAAGGAAUACACACGCGGCCCUCAUCUUGCAGGCAAGGGUCUUGACUUGGUCAACUAUACAAAGUCUAAAUUUGAAGAGUAUGGACUUGACACUGAAGUUACUCCAUACUAUACUUAUCUCAACUAUCCUCUCGAUCAUUCCUUAACUCUUCUUGACACUGACGGAUCUGUUGUAUAUCGCGCUUCUCUUGAAGAAGAUGUCCUCAAGGAGGACCCCACAACAGGUCUCAAGGACCGUAUUCCCACUUUCCAUGGUUACAGUGCUAAUGGAAAUGUGACUGCUAAGUUUGUUUACGCUAAUUAUGGUCGAAAGGAAGAUUUUGAUGCUUUAAAGGCAAUUGGUGUUGAUGUUGCUGGCAAGAUUGUUCUUGUUCGUUACAAUCAUCUUUUCCGUGGUCUUAAGGUUAAAUUUGCUCAAGAGCUUGGUGCUGUUGGUGUUGUUAUUUACUCUGAUCCUACUGGCGAUGCCGGAAUUGACUUUACCAAUGGAUUUGAAGCUUACCCUGAGGGACCCGCAAGAAACCCAUCUAGUGUUCAGCGUGGCUCUGUUAUGUUCUUAUCUUAUGCUCCUGGUGAUCCUACCACACCAGGGUAUCCCAGUACUAGUGAUGCAGUUAGACAAGAUCCUCACCAUGCCAUUCCAAGUAUUCCUUCUUUGCCCAUCUCUUACAAGGAUGCAUUGCCUUUGCUGAAAGCACUUAAUGGUCUUGGUCCUAACGCCACUGAACUUGGUAAUGAUUGGGACGGCAUUCUUAAAGAUGUCGAUUACAAUAUUGGUCCUUCCGAGCUUGAACUAAACCUUUACAACCUUCAAAAUUACACUACAACACCUAUUCAUAACGUCAUUGGUACUUUUGAGGGCAUUUUCCCUGAUGAAGUAAUUGUUGUUGGAAAUCACCGUGACGCAUGGAUUGCUGGUGGUGCUGGAGACCCUAACAGUGGUACUGCUGUUCUUGUUGCUUUUGCAAAGGCUCUUGGAAAGCUAAAGAAACUGGGCUGGAGACCCUCUCGUACCAUUAUUCUUGCAAGUUGGGAUGGUGAAGAGUACGCACUUCUCGGUUCUACUGAAUGGGGCGAAGACAAGGCUAAUUUCCUCGGCAGAAAGGCUUUAGCUUAUAUCAAUGUGGAUGUUGCUGUCUCAGGAACUAGAUUCGAGGCUGCUGCAUCUCCAUCACUCAAUCAGCUUUUGCGUGCUGUUACAGCUCGUGUACCUCACCCUCAAAGUGACGAUAAAUCACUUUAUAAGGUCUGGGAAGAAACUUCUGGUGCCCGUAUUGACACACUCGGAACUGGUAGUGAUUAUACUGUUUUCAUUGACCAUUUGGGUAUUCCUUCGAUUGAUUUUGGCUUUGGUCCUGGAAAAGAUGAUCCUAUCUACCAUUAUCACUCCAACUAUGAUAGUUUCCACUGGAUGGAUAAUUUUGUCAAUGACUCCUGGGCAUUCCACUCAGCUGCGACCAAGACAAUUGGGUUGCUUGCUAUCACACUCUCACAGCAAGCUGUUGUCGACCUCCAUUUUAAGGAUUAUAGCACUGUUCUCACAAACGGUUUAGAAGGAUUGGUCACCAAGUACGGCGAAUUGUUUAACUUGACAGCCUUAGAAAAUAAACCUUUUAUGAUUUCCAACUAUGGAGAUCGCGAUAACAGAAAUAGACAUGAACAAAACCAGGACAACCGUGAUCACGAUAGACGUGAUAAUAAUAAUAAUAAUAAUAAUAAUAAUAAUAAUAAUAAUAAUAAUAAUAAUAAUAAUAAUAAUAAUAAUAAUAAUAAUAAUAAUAAUAAUAAUAAUAAUAACCGCAACAAUCAUGAUAACCGUGAUAAUAACAAUAACAAUAAUCACAAUAACAACCGCAAUGAUAAUGAUAAUGACCGUCAUCACAACCACAGAAAUAAAACACCCAAGACGCCUAAGGAAGCUCUUAACCUUCUUCGUCAUGCACUAACCACUUUUGAUGAGAAGGCCAUUAAAGUCGAUGCAUACACUAAGUGGCUGCAAAAUGAAUACGACACCGACUAUCCUUGGUGGCGAUACUACAAGAAGUUCUCUCUGCUUAUCAAAAUCCAGCUCCAUAAUUGGAAGAUUGCCUACCUGGAACGCCUGUUUUUGCACCAGGAUGGUCUUGAUGGUAGAACUUGGUUUAAACAUAUUUUCUUUGCUCCUAAUCGCUAUCUGGGUUACGGUGGUGCAGUUUUCCCUGGCCUCUUAGAAUCUUUCCAGGAUAGCAAUCCAGAGAAUUUCAUUCGUUGGGCCGUUAUUAGUCGUGAUGCUCUUUACAGAGCUACGGAUGUGUUUAGAAGAUAUUAA